AUGAGCCCUCGCCGCCGUGACCGCCCGCGGCGGAAGCCGGUGAACCCGAUGGAGGCGAGGUGGGCGAAGGCCAUCUCGUCGCCGUCCCUCUCCAACAAGCGCCCACCGCUGGUGCUCCCGGAGGCGGCGCAGUUCUUCUUCCGGCACCUCCCGCGCCGCACUCGCGGUGGCCCUGGCGUCGCCCCCGACGAAGCGUGGGAGAGGAAGACGGCCGUGAGGAACACCAUCCACGACGCCUACCUAGGGGCCCUAGCGUGCCUCCCUUUCAACGGCCCCGACGGCGCGCCGACGAUGCCGUCCCUCCUGCCCGCGCUCCUCGCGGGCGGCCACUGCUUCGGGCCGCUCCCCGACGGCGCCUCCAACGUCAUCGUCAACACGGUGUGGCUCCACGCCGCCUCUCUCCCCGGUCGCUUCGCCGCUGCCGAUACCGUUGUGGACGUCGUCAACCUCGAUCUUAUCAAGCUGGGCUCCUUCCUCGGCGUCACUUGCCUGCUACUGGACGACGCUGCUGCCGGCCGUGACCGUGACUACCACGCUGCCGCUGUCGCCGCCAGGCACCCCAACUGCGAGGCCUUCGCUGCGUUCGCUCAGUCCGGAGUCGCCACAAGCCCUGCCGUCACGGAGCUGCUCGCCGGAAGCAGCGGCCUUCUCUCCACUGAAGAUAUCGAGCGACUGUCUGCCCUGCUCGUUCCACAUUCGGCCCCGCCACUCGACGAUUGCGGAUUGGCAGAGUCUGAGCUCAAUUUGGAGAGGGAGGAGCGCAUCAGAAGAUGGCAGGCAUGGAGACGCAAGGUCGCCAACAUGGCGAUUGAUCACUGGAACAGCACCAUUGGGGGACCUGAACUGCAGCUCAAGGUUGUUUGUGGCUGCAGCAUUGGCGACCGUGAUUACCAACAUAUCAACUUCAUCGCCACUCGAAGAGAUAAUCCAGCAGCCAUACAACUAUUCUUUGCAGAACAUGCAAAGCAAACGGGUAUCGUGCUAUGCUGCCCUGUGCAAGACUCUGUCUCUCGGAGUGGUCACUGCAGUCUUUGUGAAGGUUUUCACCAAAGAAUCAUCCACCCACCUUUUGGAUCAUACAAUUUCCGCAGUCCGCUUGAUGCUACGUUGCAUAUCAUCGACUUCGAUAUUGCAAACUCGUUGGAUAUCAAAUAUGCUCGGCACCUUUGGAGUUCGAGAUACAUGGUCAGUUCUCGUUAUCCUGUUGGUACUUACUGCAGCCCCGAAGAAUGGGUCAGUGAGUAUGAUAUCAUAUUAAUUGGAUAG